CCAGUUCAAUUUUUUAGUGCGACUCUAUUCUUCGUGAUUAUCCUAAGACUGGCUUUUAUUGACUCGACUUUCCUUGAUUUGGAUUCCUCUUCACUCUGUUUUGACUUCAAAUCGUAGAGGGAAGAAUAAAUAUAAGAAGGCGCGCUUUUCUUAGAAAGCGCCUAAAAGGCGGAUACUAGGAAUCAGAGUACUUUUUUUUUCAGUGUAUUCUUCUGCGUAUCGUGUUAGGUACCUCUGUCUAGGAAAGCUCACGAAUUGUACGAAACGUUCGGCGAAACACUUAUUUAAAUUUGCACUGUUUAUCAUGUUUUUUGUUUAUUUAGCCUUUUUUUAUCUACAAUGGCUGACUUUGGCUUUCAGCUUUGUUAUAAAACCAAUCGCUUCUGACAAUUCACAAAUUUCCAUCACCAAUGAAGUAGGAAGUCCAUCUUCUGAAUCGAAAAUCACCAACAGCAAAGGAAAACCGUUGACAGGAAGGUUUCUUCAUAUAACCGAUAUGCAUCCUGAUGAAUUCUAUCGAGAAGGUGCUAGUGUCGACCACUAUUGCCAUGACUAUAAACAUACAAGUGGAUUUUCCAAAUCGCCUAAAGCUGGUCAUUUGUCACCGGGACCUGGAUUUGAGUGCGAUUCCUCACCAUCCCUAAUUAAUAAAACUUUGGAUUGGUUCUCCAAGCAUUUCGAAAAGGAUUAUGGAGGCAUAGAUUUCAUUAUAUGGACUGGCGAUAAUUCCCGACAUGACAAUGAUAACCAUUUUCCGCGAACAAAAAGUGAAAUUAUUAUUUCUAAUGAAAAGACUGUCGAUAAAAUGGUUGAAACGUUUCCAGACGUUCCUAUUGUUGCUGCCAUUGGAAAUAAUGAUGUUUAUCCACAUAAUAUUAUGGAAGGGGGGUCUUCUUCAAUGACUCAAGCUCUUGCUGGUGCAUGGGAUGCUUUAAUACCAACGCAGGAAAAGCAUGCUUUUGAAAAAGGAGGUUACUAUAUGGUGGAGGUAAUCCCUAACAGACUUGCUGUGAUCGCCUUUAAUUCUCUGUACUUCUCAGAAAAAAAUGCAGCUGUUGACGGUUGUCCAAGAAAGGACCCUGAUGACCCAGGAUCAUUUCACAUACGAUGGCUUCGGAUCCAAUUUUCACUUCUCAGGCAAAGGAAAAUGUAUGCUUGGGUAGCUAGUCAUGUUCCACCUACACGUGAUCAGUGGUACAUUGAUUGCUAUGACGCCUUCACCGACCUACUGUAUGAGUUCCGAGAUGUCAUAGUUGGUCAGUUGUAUGGACAUAUGAAUAUAAAUCACUUUUUCUUCCUUGAAUUCAACAAGCCGCCGGCAGAUACUUCGACGUUAAAAUCUGGAGGUUUCCAAAUCGAAACAGCACAACCUAAAUACGUUAAAAGUUUGAUUGAGAAUCAGUAUGGAGAGCUUCCAUAUGUUCCCGAUAAACCAACAUCAAAGUUCAUGGAAGAAACCGUCGGAAAGUUUUCCCUUGCUAGUGUUGGUGGAUCUAUUAUUCCAGAGAUGUUCCCAAACUUUCGUAUUUACACAUACAAUACUUCUGGGUUGAAUCCACAACCAUCAGGAUCGGAUGGAAAUAACGGUUUGUCUGACUCCAUUCCAAAUGACUAUGCUUCUCAACUUGAUGAAUUGUACCGUAGUAACUCCGUGAAAGACAAUGAAGAUCUGUUGCCCUUUACAUCAGAUUAUGAGUCAAUGAAGAAAAAAUCUAGAAAGAAAAAGAAGAAGAAAAAGAACCGUAGAAAGAAAAAAAUUCAACCUGGACCCUUAGGACCAGCUUAUGUUCCCAUGACAUUCACACCGCUGUCGUUUCAGCAAAUUUUUCUGAACACGUCUAAUUAUAUGAACGCGACGGAUGAAAGUGAAGUUGAUUACAAGCUGUUGUAUGAUAGUAGAGAUCAACCGUAUAACAUGCCUUCACUCACUGUUUUCGAUUACAUGCGCUUGGCAAGACGGAUUGCCGGCGUUUUUGACUCUAACAAGAAAAAAAAGAAAAAAAGGCGUUAUAAAGAUAUUACUUAUACUUAUCUUUGGCAUGCCUAUAUCGGGGCGGUCCCUAGCUUGGGUAAUCCCGAUGAUUAUUAAUUUAUUUAUUCAAAACAAACUAUACAUUAUGAAUAUCAUUAAACUCACCACAUAGCGUAAGCUCACUGGUUUUGUUUCAUAUACAUUUCAGCUAGCAUUGUAUUAGUAGAUGCGUCCUCAGGACCUUUAUCCGAUCGAAUUUUAAUAAAACGUGGAAAUCGAAUUGAUAGUCCUCGGUCUUCAUCAGCUAACCCAAUACCUGCUUUGUAAACAGGAGAAGAAGUAAUCUGUGCACCCUUGACUUCCCAGACUUCAUCAGCCGAAGCUAGUAUUUCUAUUAAACCUCGCAUUGCAUGCGGACAAGUAAGCACGCACGGGCUACUAUUUCCUGAAUCAAGGGAAUAGCGAUCAGUAAUUUCUUUAUAGAACUGAUCGCUAAAACCGGACAUACAUUUACAUACCGCUUCGUACGUUGCGUUUUCGGGGUUGAAUACAGCAAGAAGAAUAGGACUGAACCAUCCUGCCUUUCUUCCACUUCCAUACCAAGCACCGAUUGGUACAAGAUCUAAGGAUUCAAACUCUUCAGAGUAAUCCUGUUUAACUUUAAUCCAGCCUUCACCUCGUUUGUCAGGCUCAUAUGUCGAAGGUAGUUUUGAGUUUAUCCCGUCCAAAACUUUCACCAUCAAUCCUUCACAUUUACUAUUGAUCGCGAGAUUAAAAAAUUCCUGAAUAGCAGCUUCUUCUUUCGAUUCCAGAGACGCGGCAAGCUGAAACUGAUUUGGAAUGAUAUUAAAGCUUUCAAUAAUAUUUCUUCUUCUUACGGACAAAGGGCACUGCAACAAAGACUCUCCUUUGAAGUACAUCAUAUCAAAUAUAAAGAAACAGACAUGAACAGUUAUUUCGUUUAAAUUGACUUUCUUCCUUUCCCUCGUAGACAGUGUUUGAAAAUCAAGAAUUUGUCCUGACUUACUGUCAAUAGCUACCAACUCUCCUUCUAUAAUGUAAUCGGCAUUGGUCUUCUGUGCAAUUUGACAAGACUCUAUAACGUCAGGAUAUCGUUCACUAAUUUCUUCAAGAUGACGACUAAAGAUUUUUACUUCCCCCGUUUUGGAUUUGUGAACUUGGGCCCUUUGACCAUCGUAUUUGAAUUCACAACAAAAAUUGUGACCCUUCAACUUGUGUAGCAUCUCUUGUAAAUUUUUCGUAAUUGACCCUAGCAUCGGUUUGACUGGAGUACCCGGUCUUAUUGACAUACGUUGGGUCAAGUCAUUCAACCCCGUAGUCAACAAUGUCUUCACAAGAAUGUUGUAAUCUGGAACUUGAUAGAAGCUUUGUUUAAGUGCUUCUUCCGCCUUUUGAAACUCUUCUUGUAAACUAGCAGACCCUAAAUUUGCUAGUCUCUCAUAAUCGGAAUAAAUAAUAAAGGCCUUACUUAAAGCAGUAAGCAUAGUAUUUUGUACAGCUCCAAUUCUAAGGUUUUGCAUUAUGCUCCUUCCAAUGUAUCGGACUUCCUCUGCUUUAGCUGAUAUUAAAAGAUAUUUUGUCAAUUCAAGUUUACGAUUUUGAGCCCCAUUACCAAUACAAUCGGCAAUCUUUAAUAAAGUUGAGAACACCUUUUUGAUAGUCAGCGGCUGAGGCUGAAAUAGUGUACGCACAGACACUUUAGCUUCAUAAGCAACAUCACCAGGAUCGCCGUGACGAUUCCAAAGGUUCUUGAGUGAUUGUGAAGAUAUUCCGCAAACCUCCUUCAGCGCUUUUGAGUACAUAGCAGGCCCGACCCCUAAAUUUUUUCCGUAAAAGCUGGGUGCUAUAUCAUUGGUAGAAAGCCAUACCGCAGACAACAAAGAAUCCUUUUCUAUAUGUAAUAAGAACAGAAGACAAUUAGUGAGGAGGGUGACUAUGCGAAUUCUAGAUUUUGUACUACUAAUUAGCACAAACGUAUUCGCUAGAAAAGAAUAAGGUGCAUCAACUUCAGUAGUUAUCGAAACCCUUUCGCGGCAAUAUUUUUCGAAGGCUAGAGGAUCCUGCUGAAAAAUAUCCUCGUCAAUAAAAAAGGUUUCUUUACAAUUGCUACUAAAUGUAACCCUAUCUUCGUUCGGAACAUCUUCUUCUUUCAUCAAAGAACAUGAAGGCUCUUCCAGAUGUCCUCUUUGUGGUGAAUCCGAUACAAGCCCAUUGCCGUUUAGGGCAUCCCUCUGGUUGCCUCCCACCUCAGCAACUUCUUGAUCAAAUUCCUUUUGCAGCUUUAACGCAAUAUUAUAAUCAUCAUCCGAAACUACAUGUUUACCUUGUUCUGGCUCUGCGUGGCCAAUUAAUUUAUGGGUGUCAGGUAUUGACAGUCGCUGUUUUAAGAACAGCUCUUGUAUUGUGAAAUUCGAUUGAUUUUCCGCUUUUCUUUUGGAAUUUUUUGAAGAUCCUUGCACAUAACCAUUAGCCCUUUUUUUCGGAGGCAUAAUUACUGAAAGGCAUUAAUUGUUAAAAUCCUUCCUUCAGAAGUUCAAUCGACCCAAUGACACACUUGUAUAAUUAAAAUCAAGUGAAUAAAUCAAAAAAAAUAAAAAAAAAUCUUCGCUUCUCCUUUUCUUAUCCAAUUACCAUUAUGGUUGUUGUCACUACGUAUUCGUAUACUGGUAAACCAAGACAUCACCGUGAGUAGUGGUUGCAGCGAAAGAAUCUGAAGAAGGAUGAGAUACUAUAUCACUAACAAUAGACAUAUUUGGGGUUGAUAUGGACGUUAAUUGUUCACCGGAUUCCAUGUCCCAUACCAAAAUCUUUCCAUCUUCACUUCCACUAAUGACAUAGCGUUCCAUAUAGUCAAGGCAGGAUCUAAGUCGAUAGUUCAUGUUUUUUUUUCCUGAAUAGCUUUUAAGUAUAGCGCCAUUUUCCAAGUCUAAUAGGUGGUUAGAACUGUGUAGUAUCGAGAUUAAAGCGAAAGCUCCUGUUUUAGAUGUCCAUAUUGAUGUAAUCGGAUCUGUGAGUACAUUAGAAUAAAAUCCUC